AUGCGUCUCUCACCAUGCCUCAUUGUGACUCUGUCAAUCGGCGUGAAUGCCUUUUAUCCAUUUGAGAUCAAGCUUGACUCGCCAGCAAGCAUCUCGACUCUAGAAAGUCUGCAGCGACGAUUCAUGCCCUGGAUUCUUCAGCCGGACCCCGAGGAAGAUGGCAUAGACGCCAAGCCAUUGACUCUCAGCAUCAAAAAGUUCCCCGUCCGCCGUGAUUCCUACACCAUUGUCGACGCCAACACCCCUACUCUACCCACCAGUGCUCCAUUGGAUCAAGAUGGCCAUGAUUACUCCUAUUUCGCAAUGGUGGAAGUCGGGUCGCAGAAGGAAAAAAUGUAUUUAGCCCUUGAUACUGGAUCGCCGAGCACCUGGGUAUUCGGUUCCGACUGCACAGCCGACGUGUGUACAAGCCACCAUAUUUUCGACACAGACAAUUCAACCACCUACGUCUCCAACAGUUCGACUAUCUCGGUUGGCUAUGGGAGCGGUACAAUCGAGGGGAGCCUGGGCCAAGAUACCUUGUCCAUUGCGGACAUGGAUGUCACCCUUACAUUUGGACAAGCCACUAACGCGACAUCGGCCUUUGCAAGCUAUCCUAUAGAUGGAAUUCUUGGCUUGGGCCGAUCAGGCACCGCAGGGUGGACAAUCCCCUCGUUCAUGGAUGCUGUCGCCAAGGAUGGUUACCUGUCAUCCAAUGUUGUGGGAUUCAGUCUUUCGCGCGCUGCAGACGAUGCAAAAAUUGGCGAAGUGAACUUUGGUCAGAUCGACACUACGAGUUUCGAUGGCAAUCUUACCUACACGGCCACAAACUCGGAUAUCUGGUCCAUUCCCCUAGACGAUGCUUACGUGAACGGCUCACCUUGCGGCUUCUCAGGCAAGUCCGCCACCAUCGACACUGGAACCACGUACAUCCUGAUCCCACCAAAGGAUGCGGCAACGCUGUUCGCAAUGGUUCCCGGAUCCCAUAAAUCAGACGAAAACUAUAUCAUUCCGUGUAACUCGACUGCGACCAUUGAGUUCGAGUUUUCUGGUAUCAAAUAUUCCAUCUUGCCUGAGGAUUAUAUUGGAGCCUCGAGCACAGAUGGCUGCGUGUCAACGAUUGUGGGCCAUCAAUACUCUGAAAGUGACGCCUGGCUCGUUGGUGACGUUUUUCUGAAGAACGUGUAUGCUGUUUUCGAUUUCGAUAACGGCCAGAUUGGCUUUGGGGCACGGAACAGCACCACUAUCGUUGCUAGUGGGAACUCUACGACCGCUAGUGCUACUACAAACGCAGGCUCAGCUGUCACCGCAAGCUCUACUGUCAUCGCAAAUAGUACGUCGACUGCGACAUCGAGCACGACAUAUGCCACAUCUCUCGCAUCUCUCAAUUCGGGAUCGCGAUUCUCGUUCACAGUUGUGCCAUCGCUCUUGGUCAUCAUUGCCGCCAUCGUUUUUUAA